UGGCAGCGUUCGACACCCAUUUUUGAGGUAUUGUGCUAUAAAACCAGCUCCGUGCAUCCUCCGGCUCCACUUCAUUCCAACUAAUUAAUCUGCUGCUGCUGCUUUUUGGACCAAACUCUGUGGUGAAUAUUUACUGAGUUUCAGGAUGGAUGACAAGUCGUACUUGGUUCAGAGGAAUGGGAACGGAGUCCACGGCAAAACCCAGCUCAACGGCAAAACCCUGAGUGGGACCGUGGUCAACGGGCGGGGGGUGCUGGGAAACGGCAUCAACCACGUCAGCAUGAACGGCAGCUUGUACCCGGCCAAGGUGAAGAGCCGCAGGCAGAGGUGGGAGGUGAAGCCCUCAGAGAUGGCCAACAACACGCUCAACCCCAUCAGGAGCAUCGUGGACGAGAUGAAGCUCACACCCAACAGAGACAAACCCAUGAUCGCUCUCUCUAUAGGGGACCCCACAGUGUUUGGGAACCUGCCCACAGACGAGGUGGUGCUUCAGGCCGUGAAAGACGCCGUGGACUCGCAGAAAUACAACGGAUAUGCUCCCUCUGUUGGUUAUCUGACAAGUCGACAGGCCUUGGCAAACUUUUACAGCUGCCCCGAGGCUCCACUGGAGGCCGAGGAUGUGAUUCUGACCAGCGGCUGCAGUCAUGCCAUUGACCUGGCUAUCAGUGUCCUGUGUAACCCUGGGGACAACAUCCUGGUCCCUUGCCCGGGCUUCUCAUUAUAUAAGACUCUGGCCGUCUCCAUGGGCAUCAACGUCAAACUCUACAACCUGCUGCCGGAAAAGUCCUGGGAGGCCGACCUGCAGCACAUGGAGAGCCUGAUCGACGAGAGGACUUCCUGUGUGAUUGUUACCAACCCAUCCAACCCGUGUGGCUCCGUCUACAGCAAGGAACAUCUGCAGAAGAUCCUCAAAGUGGCCUCCAGACACUGUGUUCCUAUUCUGGCCGAUGAAAUCUACAGCGAUAUGGUGUUACCAGGUUGCAGCUGUCCUUCCAUGGCGUCGCUCAGCAGUGACGUCCCCAUCAUUUCCUGCGGGGGUCUCGCAAAACGCUGGCUGGUCCCCGGGUGGAGGAUGGGAUGGAUCCUGAUCCAUGACAGAAAUGAUAUAUUUGGAUCUGCAAUCCGUCAGGGGCUGGUGAAACUGAGCCAACGUAUUCUGGGAGCCUGCAGUCUUAUCCAGGGGGCGCUGGAGAGCAUCCUCAAUAACACACCUCAAAGCUUCUACAACAACACCAUCAGCUUACUAAAGUCUAACUCAGAGAUCUGUUUCAACAAGCUGUCCACUGUCGCCGGCCUGAAUCCCGUCAAGACGUCAGGAGCCAUGUACCUCAUGGUGGGGAUGGACAUGGAUCACUUUCCAGAGUUUAAGAACGACGUGGACUUCACUGAACGUCUGGUCACUGAACAGUCUGUCUUCUGUCUCCCUGCCUCUGCUUUUGAGUAUCCCAACUUCUUCCGCAUCGUGUUGACGGUGCCGCAGGAGAUGAUGGUGGAGGCCUGCGGUCGGAUCAGGGAGUUCUGCCAGUGCCACUAUCGGCCCAACAGCCGCGAUAGUGGCAACGACCUGGACCAGUGAUGGAGCCAAAGACCAGAGAGGCAGCGAGGACUGAACUGUGGUCACACACACACUCAUGAGCCUGAACAUCAUUUAAUUCAAACCACAGACUGAGGCUCAUCAUGAAAACUAAGAAAAUCAAAGGCUCAGUUGUCUGAUCAGAAAUCUCCCUAAAAUCUUUCAUGAAGACUGAGGUGAAUAAAUCCACACGAGUAUGAAAUGUAAACGGAGGAAAUCUCCCGUUCACUCUCCGUCUGAUUCAUUCCAGAUGUUUACGUGCUCCAUUGUUACGACAUAAUCACUUCCUGUGUGUGUUUAUCCCUCCACAUGAAUCUGAUGUCAGAUCUGUUUUGAUAUUGUCGUCACCGUGGCAACAAGAAGCCGGUGAGCAGCGAGUCUGAUGUUCCAUUCAUGCUGUAAUUCUUUAUGUAAACCUUUGAAAUGAUGAAACUUAAUAUUUAUAUUUUAUAUGAGCGACGUAUAUUAACCUCCUGGUUUUUGUGUAUUUAUAUAAUUUGUGAUGGAACCUCGUUGAAACCCACCGCAGGAUCAGAACAGCUCGAUUCUUCUUCACCUUUUUUACAUUUGUCUUUUCAUCACUUUCUGAUCCAUAAUUAGAGGAAUUAUUUUAUAUAGAUAUAAAUAUAUGUACGAUAUUCCUUUUUAUAAACAUUAUGUUUCUAUAAUCUUCUGUAAACUUGCUUGAAAAUGACUCACAACGUUAGACUCUUGAUCAGAACUUUGUCUGUAUAUUAUUUGUAUGUUAAUUGUGUCAUAUUUAGAAGUUGUGUUGAUAGUUGCUUAAUGAAAUAAAAGUGUUGACAUGACUGGU